UACUGUGAACACGUAAGCCAGGUGCAACCUCAUUUCCUCCGCAACUCAUCUCCAGAGCCUUCCUUCGUCAACGCCAUGACUGCCGAAUUACGGAUUGUGACACUCGCCCAGAUUCCCCCUCUCUCUCGGCUCUCUCUCCCAGGACCAGGUUCUGCCUCUCACGCCGCCGAAGGCCGCUAAGAACCAGCUAGCCCAAGCUCACGGCUGUCUUCCUCAAGCUCUGUCCCGCACGGCCAACCCAACGCACGCUGACAGAGGCCCCUGCCUCACGCCAUCUCUGCACCGAUGAAGACCACCGCUGUCGCUCACGUCAGCUCAAGGUCAUGCAUGUCCUAUGCACGCCGACGAAACUAGCAGAAAUCAAGACCACGCCGACUGUGGCCGAGACACCGUUCGCAGUCCAGGCUUUCCGAGUCACUCACGUCGAACAGAAACCACUGACGACGAGCCAGCUCGCAGAGAACCUGUCGCCAGCCUCUCCCCAUCGCGUCAUCUCUCUCGUUGUGCAGGAAAGGCAUCAGUCAUGAUGGAUCUGAUCACAUUGUUUUCUGAGUUAGUGGCUACCUUCAUAAUUCUGGUGACAAGGCCUUUCUCACUUUUCAAACUAGCAUGCUUCUUCGCUAUGAAAACUGUUUUCAUCUUAAUUCACACUUGGAUGGAGUUGGUAAGGGCCACAUUUGGCUUCCACGUGAAUCUAUUCUCCAGAAUCAUAAUGUUGACAGUUACUCUUAUAUCUCUGCCUGCACGAAUUUUGAAUGCCUUAAAGAGAGAGAGGCAGAUAUGUGGCUCUUAUUCUGUGCAGCUUGAAUUGUAUCUGAAUGAUAUCCAGAUCGAGUUGGAGAAUCUUGAGUGGGAUAGGAAGGAAUUGGGAGACGAUCUUCAAAUAGCCAUUAAAGAAUGUAAAAUGAUGGAGUUGAUAUUAGCAGAGGUAGAAGAGGAACAUGACAAGGCCAUUGCCAAAAUUGAACAACUAGAGGGUGAGUUUCAGGAUCUGAAAAAUGAGAACCUUCGGCUGAAAGAAAUUAAGGAUGAGGGUUAUUGGAGCAUUAAAGGUCCAGAUGACAUGGGCAAUGGCCAAAACACUGGCAUUUCUGAAAGCUCUGGCAUUCCCUGUGGGAUCUCAUCAUGGAAAUCCAGUUACAAUGGAAGUGGGAUCUUUCUCCAAGACCCGAUGAUGUCCAAAGACACUUGGGUAGAUGAGGGUGUAAUGGACCCACGCUUGACUUGUUCGAGAAGUCACUCUCCAGAAUGUACGAAGAGAAGAGAAGAAGAAUGAAGAUGAUGAAGAAGGAAGAAGUCUGCAAUUGUAUGAAAUUGUUCUCCCCUGUUUUCCCUCCGUUUCUUCUAUUUAUAGUAUUUAUAUGAACAAAACGACAGUGUUUAGACAACACUUAUUACAAUUCUUGUAAAUGAAAUGACUGUGUUUACAAUUAAUAAGAAGAAAGACA